UGCGGCUUGGCGCAGUUUCCUCGCCGCAAUUGAACGAAGCGAAUCGGAGAACAGCCUGACAGUGAUUGCAGAGAAACUUGGAGGCUGCAGUCUUUUGCUGAGAGUCCCGUUGUGAGCAUCCUGUGGCCCUGACAUUUUCCGGUUCCAGCCAGGAUGCCUCGCUCACGAGUCCCCCCGACGCUCCUGACGAAGCUGAGACACCCGCGUGAAGCCACAGAUGGCCCUCGACUAUGGAACGCCAAACGAAGAAUAAAGACGAGUAAAGGACUGGACCCGGAGCAAUUCCGACAAUUCAAAAAGACACCGCCGCAUGUGUGGUACAACAGCUACGUCAAUACGCAACAGGAUCCCUCGCGGACGGGCAAUCCAUCCAUUCCAAAAUUUGCGACAGCAGAGCUAUAUGCGAUUGACCGAACGGUCAACGACAAAGGAGAGCUAGAAUGGUGGAAGUUGGACAGAGAACACCUCGAUAAAUUCAUGGACCUUCAUCCACAGCUCUGCAAUGUCUCGCCUGACGUGCGGACUUUCAUCUCGGACAACGCACAUAACCUCACCAGGUCCAAGAUCCUUUCACUCCUACGAAAUCCCGUCCAGUAUUUCUCCGCCUCCUCCAAUGUACCACUCCAACAGCGAAAGCAGAUAUAUUUCCCAGAUGUCAAAGACGCCGUUGUGCUGAUGCGCACCCCCCAUCUCGGCCCGCGAUACGCCGCCUUCGAUGUCCCGCUCCAUUUCAGCAAGCUGGAUAUGAAAGCAUACCUGAAGAACGUCUACAAUGUUGAUGUUUUACACAUUCGGAGUGUGGUCAUCCAGGGCAAGGUGCAGAGAAAAGACGCCGCUUCUCCAUACACUCGAGGGGAAUUGUUCCGUCCACCGAGUCAGAAGAAGAUGACGGUGCAGCUUGCGAAGCCCUUUGUCUACCCGGAAGAGAUCAAAGAUCUAUCACCAUGGGAGCAUGACCCCUACUGGAACACGAUGAAGGCCAUGUUAACCGAACAGCGACGGGAGUCCCAGUGGGGAACCAUGAACCCGAACAUCGAGCACCGGAAGUCCAUCGCCCAACAGGCGCAGGAACUGCUCAGAGGAAAAGCAAAGUGGGCCCCGACGUGGCAGGCCUUUGCGGACAACGCGAGAGCUAUGCAGGGCGUAGCGACCAAGGUUCCUGCCUCACCACUCGUCAAGAAUACUGCAAAGCCAAGCGUGAGUGUAAAAUAAUUAUAUCAUCACUUUCAAAGCAAUGCCGUCAAUAGAGCGGACGGAUUGGGUACCAUUUAAGGAUCGUGUCUUGUAAGGGUGGCCACCGGGGUGUUGGUAAUAUCGCGCCCUGGUUUGCAGGCAGCUCCUGUGGAGCUCUGUUACAAAAAUCUUGAAGUUGGUCGAAUCCAUUGCACGUGGAGGCACAGAUUGCGAUGAUGGGAUACAUUUGAUUCAUUAUUUAUAUUUACAAACUAGCGCUGGCCAGGAAAAGGACAAAACAACACAAAGAUACCCAAACCGUGACCGUGGUAAUCAUCACAAUCUACUCUCGAUCUGCGCAUAAUGUUGAUCUGUGGCCCAGGGCGAGUCAGGCCAGAUGUAUCGCAACGCCUCGUAAACAUGCCUGCAACGUUGGUGCAUAAGUCAGUAAAAAUCGAACUCCAGGGGUACCAUGACCUCUUUGGGCAAUAGGUGGUGUAGAGUUAAACUUACUUGACAUAGACAAUUUCCAAGUCCCGCUUAACUUCCUCCGGGACAUCCUUGACAUCCUUGCGGUUGUGGGCAGGGAGCAAGACAGUCUUGACGCCGGCGCGAUGGGCGCCAAUGAGUUUCUCCUUGAUGCCGCCGACGGGCAUGACGCGACCUCUCAGACUGACUUCGCCAGUCAUUGCGAUCUGGGGCGGGACGGCUUUACCGGAAAACAAAGAAAUCAGAGCGAUGGUGUGGGCAAGACCGGCACUAGGACCGUCCUUGGGCACAGCGCCCGCAGGGCAAUGGACAUGGAUGGCACGCUUCUCCAUGAUAUCCUCGUGAGGGUCAUGUGUGAGACCCAAAUCGUAGCUGUGUGCUUUCACCCAAGUCAAAGCGACUUCGACCGACUCCUUGAGCACAUCGCCCAGCUUGCCCGUGAGCUGCACGGUGCCCUUUCCCGGCAUGUCGGCGACCUCGAUGAACAAGAUACUACCUUGGCCACCUGAAGAAUAAGCCACCAGACCAGUGACCACGCCAGGACGUGACGUCUUCUCGGCAAUCUCCUCCUCGAACCGUUCGAUGCCCAAGAUGUCUUCGAGUUCCUCAACCGUCACGGUCGGAUUGUACUUGGACAUAUCAUUUGCAUCUCGUGCGUCCGCGUACUGCACCGCUUUGUAUCGGCACACAGACCCAA